GUAGAGAUGACGUUAUGACAACAACUAAAAAGAAGUGUUCGGAAAGACGUUUGUUCUGUUUGCAGAUUGUUUGAAACAGUUUUGAAGAUGAUGACAAUCCGCUUGUUACUCAGUGUCCUCUUUGUUUCAGGAGCUUUGGCUGUUUGUCUUCAGGACACAGCACUCAACAUCACUGCACCACAGACGAUGGAAGCACUGAGUGGAUCCUGUUUGCAGAUCCCCUGUAACUUUAGGGCUAAAACAGAACGAAACUUUACAGGCAACAACUUCGGUGUGUGGAUUAAAAGUGACUCCAGAUUUGGAAAUGCGCCACAAAAUGUGAUCUUCAAUGGCAGCAGGCCAGACAUCGUCUAUCAAGUGAAGAUUAUCGGAGAUCUGAACCAGAAAAACUGCACUAGUGUAUUUUCGAGUUUGAAAAAAAACAACACAGAUAAAUACUUCUUCCGAGUUGAAGGACAAUUGUUCACUGCAACAGCUGCUUGUCAUCCUCUUCAAAUACACAUUACAGAUGAUCCUCCAAGACCCACUAUUGAAAUGUUAGGUUUCCAGAGGGAGGGGGAGUCUCUCAUCGUGACCUGCUCAGCUCCCCGCCCCUGUCCUGUCUCCCCUCCCAAACUAACCUGGAACCUCCAACCACAGCCUCACAACCACAUACAGGGAAAUGAUGAUGGAACCUUUAAAACUCAAAUCCAAGAAAACAUCAGUCUGUCAGACAAGUAUGAUGGAUACCACAUCACCUGCUCGGCCAAAUAUCCUCAAAGUGAGAUUUCCACUCAAGACGAAGUGACUCUCAACAUUUCCUAUGCCCCCAAGGACACGUUGGCAUCUGUUGGUUGGUCACUGUCGGCAGGUGGAUGGGUGAACCUGACCUGCUCCAGCAGAGCCAAUCCUCCCGUCAACCACUUCACCUGGUUCAAGAGGAACCCGGACGGAGCCACUAACGUGUCUGAAGGAGCCGUUUACAGUGUCAGGGCCACAGAUGGAGGAGUUUAUUUUUGUGAGGCGAACAAUACUCUUGCUGGUCAGAGGUCACCCAACAUUCACCUGAAGGAACCUCUACGAUGGGAACCAGUUCUUGGAGGUGUUGCUGGGAUCGUCCUUCUCAUCUGCUCAAUUAUCUUCGCCUGGUAUUUGAGGUCAAGACAUGCAGCAGUACAGCAGACUCAGAGUCAAACAGGAGAAGAGCUGGUCAUCACAAACUCAGCCACAAGAACAGAGGAAGAAAACAUCCACUACAGUGAGGUAGACUUCUCCAGGCAACGAGCUGGGCUGUCCUCAGACUCACUGCGGGACAGUGGACAGCAGCAGGACACGGUAUAUGCACAGGUGAUGGUGUUCAAGAGAGGAAACUGAUAACUCCAAUGACCUGUACGCAGAAGUGGAGAAAAAAUUGUCAUGUGUGGUCUGUGUGAAAACAAAAGAUAAAAACACAUCAAACUGCUAUUAUUUUUAAUUUAUCUGUGAUUUUUUUGCUUCAUUCAAAUAAAAGUCCUAAAGACUUAAAUACUUAGUCUACACACAUAAGAUAAUAUUUUAAGUUAAAAUGUGUUAUUUUUUUAAUAUUGAGGUUAGGGAACAAAACUGAUCUUUUAAGGUACAAACUGUGUUAUAUUCUUAUAUUUUUUUUGUAAAAGUGGAGACUUAACCCUGAAAUACAAAAAAAUGUAGGACUCUGUCUUUUGAGGACAUUUUGAGAACGUGAUCUAUCCCAUCUAACAUGGAUGACGCAGGGUUCAUUUUUCUAGUAUCAGCUGUAAAUGUUCAGUUUGCAAUGGAAAGAGAUAAAAUCUAUAGAAACAAUCAAUAACAGUUUUAUAUAAUAUGUUUUAACAUGUAUGUAAUUGUUCUUUCAGAAGAAAAAUAAAAUAUAUGGUUCAAUGUCCCAGUAUAA